AUGUCCAAAGCCCUCACCCACGCAAAGAUCGUACCCCGCCGUUCCAACGAGCGCGGGCACGCAGAUCACGGAUGGCUCAACACUUACCACACCUUCUCCUUCGCAAACUACUACGAUCCCCGCUACCAGAACUUCGGCAGUCUGCGAGUCCUCAAUGAAGAUCGAGUCGACGCGCAAAACGGCUUUCCCACCCACCCUCAUCGCGAUGCAGAAAUCUUCUCGUACAUCUUGAGCGGGGAGUUGACACACCGGGAUAGCAUGAUCAAAAAAGGCGCGGAAGGAAAGCAAGGCGAUGAUUUCUUCAAGAUGCACAGGGGAGAUGUUCAGUUCACGACUGGGGGAACAGGUAUCGCACACUCGGAACAGAAUGAGUCGGAUGAAGAGGUCCAUUUCCUUCAGAUUUGGGCUCUGCCGUGGAAGAGAGGUCUCACUCCAAGAUAUCAUACACGCACUUUCUCCGAGGAGGCAAAACGACAGGCGUUUCUUCCUAUACUUUCCCCAUUGAAAGCAGGACCAAAGGCAACAGCCGAAGAGGAGAAGGCUGCUGAAGCUACCCUCCCAGAGACAAUUCCAAUUCAUGCAGAUUUGGUCAUGGCUGAAGGAAUCAUCGGUGUGGACAAACGGUUCAGGUGGACAGUAGGCGCCAAUGCUGUCCAGAAAACCGAAGGAAGAAAUGUUUACAUUCAUCUUCCUAUGACCAAGAAGGGUGCUAUGAAGAUCAGAAUUGACGGACGAGAAUCAGCCGUUCUAUCUGAGGGGGAUGGGGCAUUUGUUUCCGAUGUCAAUGCUGGAGAUGUGUUGAGCAUUGAAAGUAUUGGAGAGGCUGAGGCUGAAGUUGUGGUUCUAGAUAGUGAUUAG